CCAGGGUCCCUGUAUUUUUUCGAAGAGGCGGCAGUAACAUUCUUUGCGACACGAUGCGAUGAAAGGAACGUUUGGAUGGGCUCAUUUGUUCAGGUCUGCGGCAGGGAAAGCGCCGUGGCACCCGCGACCAGCCUCACACCAAUCCUGGACCUCCCCUAUACGACCCAGUGAUGUCCUCAACAAGCGCGCAUAUGCCACAGGGGCCGCUCCGACAAAGGCCAAAAGGUCUCGAACUCGCCUCUACGUUGUAGGUGGCAUUGUCGUCGCUGCUGCUGGUGCUGUGGCUGUCAGCGACGAUGCACGAUACGUCUGGAUCGCUGCUCAGCGCACUGGUAGAGUGGUCAGCACUCUUGCCCUCAAUAUCAACGACUACCGCCGUACCCUAAACCAAUAUGACGCCCUCCCCGAACCCGACUACCAGGCUCUCCUCAAGGCUUGUCAUCAACGCUGUGCCGAGCGUACCCUGGUUGUGCUGCAAAAGAAUGGUUCUAUCUUCGUCAAGCUGGGACAGCACCUGAGUAGCAUGAACUACCUUCUGCCCUCCGAGUGGUGUGAUACUUUCAUACCAUUGCAAGAUCAAUGUCCCGUCUCCUCCAUGGAGAGCGUCGAGGCCAUGGUGCUGAAGGAUACCGGAAACACACUAUCCUAUUACUUCUCCGAGUUCGAAACGAAUCCAAUUGGCGCAGCAUCGCUCGCUCAAGUCCACCGCGCGACCCUGCGCGAGACUGGUGAACGGGUUGCUGUCAAGGUUCAACAUCCUGCUCUCGACGAGUGGGCUACUCUCGAUCUGGCUCUUACCCGCUUCACCUUCCGUACUCUCAAACGCUUCUUCCCGGAAUAUGACCUGACUUGGUUGAGUGAUGAGAUGGACCAGAGUCUGCCUAAAGAGCUGGACUUCGCUCUUGAAGGUUCCAACGCUGAGCUCGCCCGCAAAUACUUCGCCGAAGUCGCCUAUCUUCCUGUUGUCAUUCCUAGGGUUCAUUGGGCUCAGCGACGUAUUCUUGUAAUGGACUUUGUGACUGGCCGUAGACCUGAUGAUCUUGCCUACCUAGAUGCCAACAAUAUCGACCGCGACGAGGUUUCUGCUGCGCUUGCUCGCAUCUUCAACGAGAUGAUCUUCGGGAAGGACGCCCCGUUGCACUGCGAUCCCCACGGUGGAAACAUUGCUAUUCGCUUGAACAAUUCUAAGCGUGCGCCCAACAAUUUCGAUGUCAUCCUGUAUGAUCACGGUCUAUACCGUGUGCCAGACAACGCUCUUCGUCGCAGUUACGCCAAGUUAUGGCUCGCUGUGCUGGACGCCGAUGAGCCACGCAUGCGCCAAUACGCGAAGGAGGUUGCCGGUAUUAACGAUGAGCAAUUCCCUCUGUUCGCUUCAGCAAUCACUGGUCGCGAUUACCGCGUUGUUACAAAGAGCGUUGCUACAUCUCGAACCGAUGAGGAGAAAGAGGCCAUCUCAGAUGCGUUAGGCGAUGGCAUGCUGGAACAGCUUGUUCAACUCUUGGGUCAGGUCCCUCGUGUCAUUCUCCUCAUCCUCAAGACCAACGAUCUUACACGCAGUCUCGACGAGAACUUGCACACCCGCCAAGGACCCGUCCGCACCUUUAUGAUCCUAGCACGUUAUGCCGCUCGUGCCGUUUACGAAGAGAAGAUGGAAAUAUUGGCCGCUGCUGGUUUCGGUCCCAGAAGACUCUGGCGCAGAUUUACCGCCUGGGCUGACUUUGCCCGCAUCGAGUUCAAGCUUUCUGCAUUCGAGACGUGGCUUAACAUCAAGAGGCUCUUGGGCAUGCAACCUACAGUCAUCUAGUAGCCAAGAUUGUAAGGCGUUUUGUAUUAACCUGAGCGAUGGCGUUUUUUGUUUUUCUGUUUCCACCUGGGAUGGAAGUGUUUUGUUGCAUUGGUUUAUAGACAUUGGGCCUCGAUCUCGGCCUUGUAAGUAAUAGAUCACUUAUUCUAUGUUUCUACUGUCACGAC